AUGACAUCUCUCAACAUCAAAGAAGAAGACAUCCCGCGGCUCGACGGCAAAGUGGUCGUCAUUAGCGGCGGAGCCUCCGGUAUUGGGCUUGCCGCUGCAAAUAUCUUUGCAAGAGCCGGAGCCAAAAUCUUCCUGUUUGACCGCAACCCUCCCGACAGUGGCGAAGCGCCUGAAAAUUCGACUUUCAUCAAGGCCGACAUCACAUCUUGGGCUGAACUCAAAGCUGCUUUUGCCCAAGCAGGCCAUGUCGACAUUGCCGUGGCCAACGCUGGCGUCUCCGAAGAACAGCCAUACUUCGAGGAUACUUUUGACGAGCAGGGCGAACUCAAGGAGCCUGGAUUCGCGGUGGUAGACGUCAAUUUCAAAGGUACCGUCAUGUUUACCAAACUGGCGGUCAGCUACAUGCGAAAACAAGGGAAGGGUGGCUCCGUUGUGAUCACUGCUAGUGCGACUGGAUACGCGCCUGAACAGAACUUGCCGGUGUAUAGUGCUAUCAAGUCGGGUCUGGUCGGUCUCGUUCGUUCUUUGCGUUCGACGCUCCCCCGUUUCGAUAUCUCAAUCAAUGCAGUUGCGCCAGCGGCAACCAUCACGAAGCUACUCCCCAUGGAUAUUGCCGGGCCGCUCAUGGCAGCCGGACUGCCCGUCAGUUCUGCUCACAUGGUGGGUCUGGCAGUGGUUUAUUCUGCCGUGGCCCGUCAGCCACGGAUGGUUGAGACUUACGGCAAAGAGAAUGUGCUAGAUCUGGAAAGCAAGUGGAACGGGCGCACAAUUUUGACGUUGGGAGAACACUACACUGAAUUGGAGGAAAAGUUGGCUGAUCUGCGGCCGGUCUGGUUUGGCUGGCGGAACACUGACUUGACCAAAAAGCAGCAAGCUACAGCAGACUUCAGGUAG